AUGAAGUCCUUAUCUGUUGAGUUAGGUUUAUAUAAUUUGGGGUGUACAGACACCGCAGAGGCGCUGCGCUGUAUCCCCCUCGUUGCUGCUGCUUCCCCUGCAGCAGUGCAGCAGCAGCAGCAGCAGCAGAAGCAGCAGAUGCUGCAGCAACAGGUGCUGCAGCAGCAGAUGCUGCAGCAGCAGCAACCGCUGCAGCAGCAUGCAGUUUAUUGCCUCCCCAAUACAUUCCCGAUGAGUGUACCGCAGCAGCAGCAGCAACUGCAGCAGCAGCUACAGCAGCAGAUGCAGCAGCAACUGCAGCAGCAACUGCUGCUGCAGCAGCAGCAGCAGCAGCAAGCGUGGCAGGAGUUCUUCAAUGCUGCAGCAGCUUCUGCGCUGCAGCGGAAGGAGCAGCAGCAGCUGCUAGUGCCAGCAGCAGCAAACCCGUAUCAGUGGAAUGAACAACUGCAGCAGCAGCAGCAGCAGCAGCAGCAACAGCAGCAGCAGCAGCAGCAAGUUUACCCUCUACCCGUUCACACUUCUCCAGGUGGAGGGGUUGCUGCAGCUGGGGAGACAGAUGCGGCGCAGCAGCAGCAGCAGCAGCAGCAGCAACAGCAGCAGUUGCAGCAGCAGCAGUUGCUGCAGCAGCAGUUGCUGCAGCAGCAGCAGCAGCUGCAGCAGCAGCUGCGUCCCGUGCUGCAGCGGAUGUUAGUGCAGCCGCCGCAGCAGCAGCAGCCACCGCAGCCACAGCCGCAGCCGCAGCCGCAGCCGCAGCAGCAGCAGCAGCAGCAGCAGCAGCAGCAGCAGGAGCUGAUGGGCGGUGGGGUUGCUGCUGCUGUGUCUAGCGUUCGUCUCCCCCCUAUACGCAUUGCUACAGUACCAAGAGGGAGGCCCCAGGAGAGUGUGCUGCAGCAGCAGCUGUUGCAGCAGCAGCAGCAGCAGCAGCGGCAGCGCGCAAGCAGCAGCAGCAACAGCAGCAGCAACAGCAGCAGCAGGCAAGGUGCAUUUGAAACACCCAGAGUUGUGGGGGGAUGGCUUUGCUGCAGCAGAAGCAGCAGCAGCAGCAGCAGCAGCAGCAGCAGCAACCAGAAGAGAGAGGAGAAGAGCAGCAGCAAAAGACAAACAAAUAAAACAACACAAAAAAGGAAAGAAUGA